UUUUGCUCUCUUUCCUUGCAGAUUCUUUAAAGUGAUGGACGAUUUCAUGGCAACAUGCGGUGAAGGUGAGCUUAUAGGAGUUCAUUGUACACACGGUGUGAAUCGUACCGGCUAUCUAAUUUGUAGAUAUCUCAUUCAACAGCUGGGUUGGGUAAUUCAAGAUUCUGUACAAGCUUUCGGGGACGCACGCGGAUAUCCCAUCGAACGCGAUAUUUAUCUCGCCGCGUUGAAGGAGGUUCAAUGCGGUGAGAAGAUCGAUACGAGUAAAGUCGUUUUGAGUCCGAAGAUUUCUCCUAUCGCACUUCGCCAAGAAAAUUCGAAGACACGUUCGGCAUUGAAAAACUCAGCUCGAACGAUGGGACCGCCAGGGUAUGGGGCGAUGUCGCGUCGAGGCUUCGCAAACGGCGGUCCGUUUUCACUGCAGAGAUUCGCGGGUCCGCCGCCUCCGGGAUUCGGACCGAUGCCUCCUCCUCCGCUCGGUAUGCCUCCUAUUCCGCCGCCGAUGGGCCCACCUGGGCUUUACGGGCCCAGGUUUAGGUAUGGACCGCCGCCUUUACGUCCGGCGAUGCCGCCGACGCCACCCGGUUAUCCCGGGCAUCCCGGUUUCCCGCCACGUAUGCCCAGGAUGGCUGGUCCACCGCGAUUGCCGGCUGGUCCAGCUGCGCGAUUACCGCCGAAGAUGCCACCGCCGCCGCCGCCGCCGCCACUGCCGCCUUCCAGAACGGCGGUGGCCAAGCAGCUCCAUAAUCAGAAGAAGAAGCAGCAGAUCCGAAACGGUAUCAUGGAGCGCGCAGUAAACAUUCGGCUGAGGCGAAACGGACCGGCCAGCAGAAUCAUGCCUAAAGUACAUAAGGAGCAAGACUUUGCCGUGGAUACGUUUGAGGAAAAUUUUCUCACGACUUCGAUCAGCACGCAAUCGCGACGACAAACGAAGGGACGAUUCAAUCAAAACAAGUGACCAUGUUUUCGUUAGGAAUAUACGAUAAUGAUACUUAACGUACGAUUUCCAUGUAAUAUUAACAACAGAUUGGUAAGUGUCCGAGGAAUGCAGGAAUGCUGUAUUUUGUGACUCUUAUAAGGCGAAUGUACAUUGCAGUUGUGCGAUUAAGGGUUGAUUAUUUUUUAAUUUGGAUGAUAAAAUUCCUACAGAUUUGAAUUGCGCGUGUGUGUGUGUGUGUGUGUGUGAACUCUGUAACGUGUUACAUCUAUUCGAUAUCAAUAAUACAUACCUCUUGCUAACAUUUUUUAUUUUACUUCGUAUUUUAUUAUUUUAGGUCAUUAACGAAUCAAUAGACUUCGUCGAAAGUCUCAUGACACUUUAUUUUAUGAUUUAUAUACAUAUAUACACAUGUAUGUACAUUAAUCACGCUUGCGCGUUUAUAAAUGUAUAUGUGUAUAUAUGUAUAUUGCAAGUUUUUAGUAAAAUUAACAUUUCCAAAAAGGCAUCUUUGUAGAUUGGUGUGUUAUAAAAAGCCGGUCUCUAUAAAAAUAAAUUGUAUAAGUAAAUAUAUAUACAAACGGUGUCAUUAAUCCUUUAAUAUAUGAAUUUACACGUAUAUCGAAACACAUUCAACAUAAAAAAAUAUAUGUGUGUCAAAUUCAUAUGUUAAUGAAUUCAUGAAAAAAGUUCAUUAAUAACACCGUAUGUCAUUUAAUUUUUAUUUUAAUAACUAGAUUACAUAUUUCUAAUUCUUUUAAAAUUAAUUUAGAAUUAUUUGUUAGAGAUUCUCAUUGUCAGUAUCAUGAGUUUGCAACAGAAUUUUGCUAAGAAUAUUUAUAUAAUAUUGUUUACUACGCUAUUUUUGUUCAAUGGGGAAGUGAAAUAUUAUAUGUAAGAAAAAGUAAUUAUUUAUAAUGUCUCACAUUUCAGUUUCUGUACUAUCCAUACAUUAAGUACUAUUAACAUAAUUUUUUACGAUCCGACGUUAUUACGAAAAUUUAAUUUAAACGUUUAAUUUUGCUUAAUGUGUUUAAUAUUUGGUUAUUGUGUGAAUUGUAAAUCCACUAGUAAACAUCAUUUUUUAAGUCAAAUUGUCUAAAGAUCAAAACAUAUGGAAAUAGAAUGGAGAUAGAAUGGACAGUAAUUCUGUGUAUAAUUUUAAAUAAAAUGUGUGCAUAUAGAGAUAAGAGAAAUUCACUAUAAUGAUUAAAUUAAUAAAAGUUUCUUUAUCCUCGUA